ACAUAUAAAAAUGUUGAGAAGGAUUCGAUUGAAGCUAUUUACAAAUUCCCACUUCAUGAAGCCGCAGCAGUAUGUGGAUUUGAAGCUGAAAUUGAUGGAAAGAAAACAAUUAAAGGAAUUGCCAAAGAAGCAAAACAAGCUGCGCAGGAAUAUGAUGAAGCUAUUCAG